GGAAAAGCUGAGUCUGAGGUUGUCCCCAGACACUACCAGUGUGUGCACACUGAGGACACACCUCACCUGGGAAAGGAUGGACCCCUUCGCGGACACCCUGCGGCGGCUGCGGGAGGCCUUCGGCUCAGGGCGGACGAGGCCAGCUGAGUUCCGGGCGGAGCAGCUCAAGGGCCUGGGCCGCUUCCUGCGGGACAACAAGCAGCUUCUGCAGGAGGCGCUGUUGCAGGACCUGCACAAGUCAGUCUUUGAGGCAGAGCUGUCUGAGCUCAUCAUAUGCCAGAACGAGGUUGACCUGGCGCUCAAGAACCUACACACUUGGAUGAAGGAUGAGCCCGUGGCCAAGAGCCUGUUGGUGAAGCUGGACUCGGUCUUCGUCCGGAAGGAGCCCUUGGGCCUCGUGCUCAUCAUUGCCCCCUGGAACUACCCUGUGUACCUGACCCUGGUGCCGCUAGUGGGUGCCCUUGCUGCAGGGAACUGCGUGGUGCUGAAGCCAUCAGAAUUAAGUAAGGGCACAGAGAAGGUCCUGGCUAAGGUCCUGCCCCAAUACUUGGACCAGAGCUGCUUUGCCGUGGUCCUGGGAGGGCCCCAGGAAACCCGGCAGCUGCUGGAGCACAAGUUCGACUAUGUCUUCUUCACUGGGAACCCCCGAGUGGGCAGGAUCGUCAUGGCUGCCGCCGCCAAGCACCUGACACCCGUCACGCUGGAGCUGGGGGGCAAGAACCCCUGCUACGUGGACGACGACUGCGACCCCCAGACCGUGGCCAACCGCGUGGCCUGGUUCCGCUACUUCAACAGCGGCCAGACCUGCGUGGCCCCCGACUACGUCCUGUGCAGCCCGGACACGCAGGAGCGGCUGCUGCCCGCCCUGCAGAGGGCCAUCACCCGCUUCUACGGCGAGGACCCCCGGAGCUCCCCGAGCCUGGGCCGCAUCAUCAGCGAGAAGCACUUCCGGCGGCUCCGGGGCCUGCUGGGCUGCGGCCGCGUGGUCAUCGGCGGCCAGAGCGACGAGAGCGACCGCUACAUCGCCCCCACGGUGCUGGUGGACGUGCAGGAGACCGAGCCGGUGAUGCAGGAGGAGAUCUUCGGCCCCAUCCUGCCCAUCGUGAACGUGAGGAGCCUGGACGAGGCCAUCGACUUCAUCAACCGUCGGGAGAAGCCCCUGGCCCUGUAUGCCUUCUCCAACAGCAAUCAGGUAGUGACCCAGAUGCUGGAUCGGACCAGCAGCGGCAUUUUUGGAGGCAACCAGGGCUUCGUUCACCUGAUUCUGCCGUCCCUGCCGCUGGGGGGAGUCGGUAACAGUGGCAUGGGAAGAUACCGUGGCAAGUUCUCCUUCGACACCUUCUCCCAUCACCGUGCCAGUCUGCUCUCUCCCUCCGGCCUGGAGAAGCUCAAUGAACUCUACUACCCGCCCUACACUGCCAGCAGGCAGCAGCUGAUAGGCUGGGCCUUGGGCUCCCACAGCUGCACCCUUCUCUGAGCUCCCCCUGCACCUGCAGCGUCCUAACACCACCACCCCUCUGUCCUGCUACUGCCCAGGUGUUCAGUGGUCCCUGAAAGGUGGGGGGUCCUGUCCGGGAGUGCAAAGAUCCUGCUCUUGGGGCUUUGUCUCAACAGCUCCUGGCUGGGCAGGACCUCUGGGCCACUGGUCCCGCCACUUUCAGGGCCAAAGUCCCCUCUGCAGCCCCCUGACAGACUCACUGACCCGACCCUCUGUUUGGAUAUGUCUGAUGAUGGAGCUCUUGUGGUUAGAAAGGACCCCUUGUGGGGCGCCUGGGUG